CCCUCCACCUUUCCUUUGUUCCUUCUUCACAGCAAUGACCUCCUCCUCCUCCUCCUCCUCUUCCAGCUCCUUUGGAUCCCUCUUCAGAUCCUCAUUCUCCUCACCCGAUGGCUUUGCAACCACAGGCACCUCUGGGCGCGACACUCGCACCAUACCAAAGCUCAAGGUCACAAAACCAACCGCAACCAAAAUGAUAUCGCCAUCGUUCAGUCCAGAUCAAGAUACCAGCAAACGACCGUCGUUUCUCAGCUUUCUCUUCUCAGGCGAAAGCUCCUCAUAUUCGUCAUCGUCCUCCUCCGACAGCUCUUCUUCAGCUUCUUAUUCCAGCAUGCUCCUGCCGCCAAGGGCGCUCUUCCCCUCUCUUUCAGGAACAACUCCUGCACCUGCAACAGCACCACUGACAAAGAGUCCCAAAGCAAAACGUGGCCUGUUCAGAAAGACAAAGAGACAUUCAAAGAACACAAUUGCAACGCCGGGUUAUUCUUCAGAGGAGAGGAGUACGGGCUGGUCAUUAAGACCCUGGGCUAGUUGGGGUGGGGGAGGAGGAGCAGAAGGAGGUCUAGGAGAAGGAGCUUCACCGUCUAAGAAUGAUAGUCGAAGUCAUGGACGGAUAUGGGCGUCCAAAACAAGCAAAUCAGACACAGAUGUUGUAAUGAUUCAACAUCAGCAACAAUUGGUCGACAAUACGAAAAAGAAGAAGAAGAAGAGUGGCAUGUUUGCAGGAGAGAGCUGCAACAGUGAAGUAGGGGCAGGAGCAGGACAAAUCAUGCUGCAUCCUUCAUACAACCUCAGCAAUCGAUCUAUUACGUCCAUGUAUUCAUCCUCGCCUCCAAGCGACCAUGAGGCAUUGGCGACAACAGGAUACCAGCAGCAUAGCCACUCGUGUCUAGAUCAAGUAUGUCAUCAUUGCCAGCAUCAGCAGGGUUCAUCCCGGAUGGGAGUGACACUGGCGGUGCACGAUGUAUUUGGGAUUGGCAAGGUGACGGAGAUGAGUCUAGCACUGUUCCUAGCGCACGAUGCGUUCCUGAGUCGGAGGCCGUUCUGGAUGCAGUGUGCGGUCAUGGGGUGGGAGGCUCUAGUGGUGCUGCUAGCCCUUUGGGGAGUGCUUCGGGUGGUGGGACUGGUAGAGGCGGUUGUGUGGGGAGCGAACGAUAUUGUCAGGGGCACAGUAUCUACGAUCCAGGCACUUGGACGGGCCCUUCAGUUCCUCCUUCUAAGAUAGAUCGGGUGCACCACCAUCGCCAAUGUGUAUCGAUAUGUAAUAAUAUUUCCAAUGUAUAUGAAUAGUUGAGUGAGGCCCCGGUUGUUGCAAGUACGCAGCAGGGGCUCAAUAAAUCUUUAAGUGGCUCACGAUGACCUCAUGGGUCCUUGCAUGGCAUGUAGACUAUCACCGCAGCUAUUUUUCCUUGGCUGAAAGAGCGCAGCUGCAGGGAAGAAUAGGGGCCGAAAUGACGAGUGCAUGUUGACCACGGGUCGCUGGUCAUCAUCCCCCAUCCCCAUAUAUCCUUGUGUCUCCAUCCC